UAAUUAUUCACUUGAUUCCCGACGCCCCCAUGUGACUUUACUACUGUCUGCCUGCCAGCCCAUCCACCGACGCCUUUUCCCCCAAUAUAUUCACAUCAUAUCUUACCUCUCUUUCUCCAAUUCUCUAUUCCCUUCAACAACAAGAAGCAAAAAGUUAAAGAGAUUCCGAGUUCAAAAAAUGGCAAGAUUGGUUGCAUUCGUUGUUCUUUGCUUACUCUCUGUUACUUUGGCUACUGCCACUCCCGCUGGCAACCCUUUCCUUGUUAAGGGUAAAUGUUAUUGUGACACUUGCCGAUGUGGAUUUGAGACCCCUGCUACCAAAUAUCUUGCUGGAUCUAAGGUUAGAGUUGAAUGCAAGAACAGGAAGACCAAUAAAAUCACAUACUCAGUUGAUGGUGUGACAAACUCACAGGGUGAAUACAACAUCUUGGUCAACCGUGACUGUGGUGAUGAUGUCUGUGAUGUUGUGCUCGUCGAGAGCUCUGAUAAAGCAUGUAACAUCCCCAAUGCUGGUCGUGAUCGUGCCCGUGUUGUCCUCACCCGCAACAAUGGCAUGACCUCUGACGUUCGUUACGCCAACAACAUGGGUUUCCUCUCCAAUCAGCCUCUUUCUGCCUGCACUCAGAUCCUCCAGCAAUACCAAUUGACUGAGGAUCAAUAUUGAAGGAACAACAAAUGAUUUCAUAUGAAUCUUUGUUUGAUGUUUAGGGCUCCUCAUUUAUUGUUAUGAUUAUGAUGUUUUAGGCAUCAAAAUUGAUACUUGUAUCUCUUUGUUAUUGUUUUCUGGAUGUUCAACUUUUCCUUUUAGUAUAUGAGGAUAUUUUAAUGGCUCAUUAAAAUUAUUACUUGUGCUUAAA